AUGCAUUCGACGAAUAACAAUCUAACCGGUACAGCCAAGACACUGGAACGAGCAAUGAAAGUAAAUAGAUUGAGUGAAAUGCUAGAUUGUUUCAAAGAUAUGAAGUUGUAUGCAAGUACCAUUGAAAAAGAUUUACCUGAUUAUUUGAAUACAAUAUAUGCAAAUAAAACUUCAGAGACAAAUAAUAUAGAAUCGCAAUCAGAUGAUUUCCUUCAACUAGCAAAGCAACGCUUACAUAACCAUCCUUAUAUUCUUCUCAACGAUCUUAUCGAAACUAAACGUAACUUCGAUGAAUAUCAAUCAUCACCACAAUUAACAGUUACAACUCAUGAAAGAUCUUCGUUAGAAGAGCAGAUCAAGUAUAUGAAAGAUGUAAUAGCUGCACAACCAUCGGCUCUCGAGGGGAUUUACUUAGAAGCAUUACUCAAUCCCGAUCAAUGGCAAUCAGAUCUUCAAUUUCUUCAAAAAUUUCCUGCAGAGACGUUAACACCUAGUGAACGAAAGCGUUUAGACAAGAUUUUGAGUAGAAGGUGAAUGAAACCAUAUCGUACAAUAAUGCUCGUCAUCAUUAUCGAUAAAAUAGAAAGGAGAAACGUGAUUAACUUUAUUCUUCUUUGAUUCAUGCCGUGUCGCAUGCAUUUCCUGUCAUUUAGAAUUCGUGUUGAGUUUUUCUUCUU